ACUGGGGGAAAGGUAACCGGAGGCUGCCCCGGGAGUGACUGUUUGUGCGACCACAGCUCACUUGACCUGCAUGACAAAUCAGUCUACAAACAGCAGUAAAGGACAACGUGAACAAGUCUGCUUUAAGACAGCAGGCAACGUUGAACUACAGAGGUUACAGGAUGGACAACCAAGUGUUCGAAUCGACGGCUGAACAGACGUUUCAGUAUCAGAGCACCCUGCCUCCGCUCCCAGUGCCUUCGCUGGAAGGAACGCUCAGCAAAUACUUGGAAUCAGUGAGACCUUUCACAACUGAAGAAGAGUUCAAAAACACUGCAGCCAUAGUGAAGCAGUUUGGUGAUGGUGUCGGACAUGACCUACAUCAAAGACUGCUUCAAAGAGCCAAGAGUCGGAGGAACUGGCUGGAAGACUGGUGGCUGAGUGCGGCAUACCUGGAGGUCCGCAUGCCCUCUCAGCUCAAUGUGAACUUCGGGGGUCCGGCGCCUUACCUGGAGCACUGCUGGCCACCCUGUGAAGGCAAACAACUGGAGCGGACCAGCAUCAGCGUCUGGCACAACCUGCAGUACUGGGACCUCAUCCGCACGUGCCCCUGCAGGCAACUCACCCACAUCAGGCAGUGCUGCGACGGAGAGCCAUCCGGUGAGGGGGUGUCUGCCCUCACCACCGAGGAGAGGACCCGCUGGGCCAAGACGAGGGAGCACCUGGUGUCACUGGACCCGGCCAAUGAGAGCAUCCUAGAGAUCAUUCAGAGCAGUCUGUUCGUUGUGUCCUUGGACGACAGCAAGCCUUAUGCUACACCAGAGAACUAUUCACCGAUAACGUUGCAGGCCCUGGUUGGUGACCCCACCAUCCGCUGGGGUGAUAAAUCCUACAACUACCUCAGCUUUGCUGACGGCACGUUCGGCUCCAACUGUGACCACGCUCCCUAUGACGCCAUGAUCCUCAUCUCCCUCUGCUACUAUGUGGACCAGAAGCUGAAAGCCUGCAAUGGCAAAUGGAAGGGCUCGGAGGUCGUUCGUCAGCUGCCACUCCCUGAGGAGCUUGUUUUCACUGUAGAUGACCGCAUCAGAAGAGACAUCAGUCUGGCCAAAGAUCAGUACUACAAAACAACUCAAGAUCUGCAGGUUGUGACGUAUGCGUUCACCUCAUUUGGCAAAGCGGCCAUCAAGAAGAGGAAACUCCAUCCAGACACAUUUGUGCAGCUGGCCCUACAGCUGGCUUACUACAGACUCCACCACAAGGUCGGGAGUUGCUAUGAGACGGCCACCACGCGGAGGUUCUACCAUGGUCGCACGGAGACCAUGAGGCCGUGCACCACUGAGGCUCAGAGCUGGUGUAGGAUCAUGCUGGACCCUACAGCAAGUGCAGAAACAAAGAGAACAGCACUGCAGAAAGCGGCUAACAAGCACAACAAACUCAUGAACGAGGCCCAGAAUGGAAAGGGUAUUGAUAGACACCUGCUCGGCCUGAGCCUGAUCGCCAAGGAGGAGGGACUUCCUGUUCCAGAGUUGUUCACUGAUCCUGUCUUUGCAAAGAGCGGAGGGGGCGGAAACUUCACUCUGUCCACCAGUCUGGUGGGUUACACCACAGUGCUCGGGGCAGUGGCUCCCAUGGUGCACCAUGGCUAUGGAUUCUUCUACCGCAUCCGGGACGAUAGGUUGGUGGCGUCAUGCAGCGCUUGGAAGUCCUGUGCCGAGACGAACGCCGAGGCUUUCUUCCACAGCUUCUCCACCUCCCUCCACGAGAUGCUCGCACUCACCACCCUGUCUCAGCUCUAGAGCGCCCCCAAGUGGUGGAGGUCUCCUACUCCACAUGCAAGUUACACCAGUCAGCCUUCACCUUUUCUGUACACAAACAUUACAACAUGUGUUUGAUAACAUAGAAGUGUAACCAGGUAGGGUACAUAGUGACAUAGCAUAAUUUUUGUGCUUAAAACAUCAGAUUGUAGUUGAAACGGAGAGGAAUUUGACACCAAGCUCCUGUUUGUUUUCAUGCCGUCCCCUCCCCUCCCCUCCUCUAUGUCUGGUGCAAUGCAAUGCAACGUUAAAGCUUUCACUCGGCCAAAGCAGACAAAUCUUUAAGUGCUGCUUAUUUGGUACAGGACUCCGUAUGCUGCAGGUAAACCAUGCAAGCGUUCACCUGGGCCUUCUAGUUGGCUGCAUGCAGUGCAGCGCCACCUUUUGGUAAUUUCAGUAAAUGCACACAUCAAUGCAAUAUGUAUCGGUAAGCUAUUGGCACAUAACUCACUACCAACAGAAUGAAAGGAGAAUGUAUUCCUCUGUGUUGUUUUCACAAUUUCUUUUGCACUUAACUACUGUUCAAUUAUUUGUCUUCCAAAGCAUGAUUUAUUUUUAUGUAGAGAUAUUUUGUAUAAUUGCUUUGAUUUUUAAUGUUACGUUACUUACACUUUGAAGCAUUGAUUCAUUUAAUCUAGUCUUUCAACCAUGUAAAACAUGAAUGUCAAGGGCUAUUUGCAUGAUAUUUUCAGCUGGUAUCUUCCCAGUCUUCCCUCCAGCCCUCGGCCCUGUGGGCAUUUUCACUUCGCAAAACAAGGAAUGACUAUGAUAGGCAUGGGAUCAGCAGGCCAGUCCACAACAAGUUGUUUACAACGUCAACAUGCAUUCAGCUGAGCUGUAUGUGAUGUGGGGGGCUGGUGGUUCAGAAGAGGUUUUGUAGGAGCAGGCAGUGUUAGCAGACUUGUGUCAGUGUUAAUGAAUGAAUGACUGACUGAAUGAAUGACUGAAUUGACCCCCCUAAUUUAAGCAUAAUAAAUAUGCAUUUUAAUGUAGAUCUAUUUCAAUGAUUACACUGCUAAGACUAAGUAGGAUUAAACGUGGUUGUGGAUGUAAUGUUUAUGGGAGACUGUUUUGAUUUUAGAUCUACAGGCCCUGACUUGUAAAGAAUGGAAUAUAGAAAUGAAAGAUGAUUUCUAAGAAUCUGUGACCCUGGUGCAUAUGAAUUCAUAAUGCCUGUCUAAUUAAAUAGGCAUGCUGUGUUUGAAUGUUUGAUAAUGCACAUGGUUUUACUAAACAACAUUCUUCCAUAUUUAUUUGGAAGGAGUAUGGAAAACAAA